AUGGGGAUCAGACUAGAACGACGGCAGCCUCCUCCAGGCACCAGACCCCAAGAGCCUGAGGAUGACUCCCCGGACACUAACUCUGGACCAAAUGCGCAGACGAUUGCGAUCAUAAUUAUCGUGGCUCUCUCGAUACUCAUUACUGCGAUUACUGCCCUCUAUAUAUACCUCCGCCGCAGGAAGCUGAAGAAUCGUGGUGCACCCAAUUUCAUUCCCGGGUUCCUGCGCCAAAGAUGGGACCAGUGGCAUCCAGUGGGCAAGUAUGCCUCGGUGAACCUACAAGAACGAGGAGAUCGUCACGGCAGUACCUCUCAAGCCACCGAGUAUCAUGGCGCAGCCGGAAGCAAUAACCCGAACACAGCUACCACCGCAGGAGUAGACAGAAACACUAGCGUUAGAAGUGUAAUGACUCUGCCUCCAUAUUCACAGGCGCCGAAAGAAACUGAACAGGUUAUUGGCCGCGAAGGUGAAAGAGGUGGCAUGGAUACCGUAGUCGAGUUUCCCGAGACUGCCGAAGAAGAGGAAACAACUCGAGACGCAGAGAUGGAAACAUUGUACCAGAUUCGUGAAGCUCGAAGAAGGGAGAUCGCCGAGCGAGAGGAACGAAGACGAGAAAGACGUGAAGCACGAGAACGAGGAGACUGGGCACGAUUGGAAGAGCUCAGACGCGAGUCUCAACGGCGCAAUCAGCCAGCGCAGAACGGCUCGACUGGAAAUUUGACUGCUGAUGUACUGAUCGCAGAACAUCAGUCGCGGCCGAAGGAUAGGAGAGUGAGCAGCGUAGCAUACGGAGAUGUUGGCCAAGUUCGACACGACGGAACCAGAGUACGGGCGAACAGCCACGAGUCAGAGCGGCGUGGACUGCUUUCUGGUGCUGCUCCUAUGGGCGAAAAUGUUCAUGGCAGGACUGGAAGCGAUGUAACCUCUCUACUCACACUCGAUAACAUCUCUCGGCCAAGCUUGACCUAUGUUAGUGGGCGACAGCGUUCAGAUAGUGGCGUUACGUCUAUAUCGACUGUAUCUAGCAUCGACCUACCACAACCAACACCCACGACGACUGGAGAAGCCGGAGGAAGAAUGAGCAAUGAGAGUGAUCAACAAGCCUCAACAUCGGAUGACUCGCCAGGCGCAACACGAUUGACUCCUGAUGAAACUGAAGAUGGGAGUGAGGGUCUUGAUCCUCGGAUCAUCGCAAUGAUUAGGGAUUCCGACAAUGAUGUGAUACAUCCACCAGACUAUGAUUUACACGAUUGGGGUGACGCGCCAGAUUACGAGGAGGCUGUGCGGCGAAGAGAAAGCCAGAGAAGCGCAAGAUUAGCAGUUCCAACAAUCAACAUCGAAUCUGCGAGUGAGCCAGCAAGCCCAGCAUUAAGUCGAGUCAGCGAAGAGCAUGCUCGUGGGCGCUAG